CUAAAACCCAAAAAUCGGUAAAACCUUUCGUGGCUGCUCAGUCCGUAAACGUGAUCGACAAUGGCGUCUCUAUUACAAGAAACAUCUCAAAAAGUACUCACGCCGGAGAUUCUCCGCUCCGCCGCCAAACAAUCACAGGGUUGCCUCGUCGUCCCAGUCCGCCUCCGCCGUGCCAUCAAGAAGUACCUCGGAGACCAAGAAGUGUCUCACUUGAAGAGGAAGGUGUUGAGGCUGUCUAAAACAUUCAGUGGCAUCAAGGAUGUUAAUCUGCAGCUGGCAGCAACCACUUCAAAGGAACUUGUUGAAGAUCCUCUGAAAUCCGUAGAGCAAUCCCAGCGCUGGAAGAUUAAGAGCGUCUAUGGCGAUAUUGGCUUUCAGUACACAGAUGAUGAGACCAUUGCUUAUGUCGCCUCUCGUAUGCCUGCUGUUUUCUCUGCUUGCUACAGAGUUCUUAACGAGGUUCGUAGAAGACUACCCGAUUUCUCUCCAACUAGUGUAUUGGAUUUUGGUGCUGGGACUGGUUCAGGUUUCUGGGCUUUGCGAGAGGUUUGGCCUCAUUCUAUACAGAAAGUUAAUAUAGUAGAACCAUCGCAAUCAAUGCAACGUGCUGGGCAGAGUUUGAUUCAAGGCCUAAAGAACUUGCCACUUAUUCAUGGUUAUGACAGCAUUCAGUCGCUUAACAAAGAUAUUAGUAAGUCAGAGAGAGAACAUGACCUUGUCAUUGCUUCUUAUGUUCUCGGGGAGAUACCGUCAUUUCAGGACAGGGUAACCAUAGUACGCCAGCUUUGGAAUCUUACAAAAGAUGUUCUGGUUUUGGUUGAACCUGGAACACCACAAGGCUCGAAUAUCAUCUCUCAAAUGCGAUCUCAUAUACUGUGGAUGGAAAAAAGAAAAUGGAAGAAAUAUGAAAACAAGAAAAAUAUAGCUUCUAAGGACUUGGUAACUCAAACGUGCGGUGCUUAUGUAGUUGCUCCUUGUCCUCAUGAUGGAAAAUGUCCAUUAGAGAAUUCUGGCAAGUAUUGCCAUUUUGUUCAGCGGUUGCAAAGGACAACUACGCAACGAACUUACAAGCAUUCCAAGGGUAAAUCUUUAAGAGGCUUUGAGGAUGAGAAAUUUUCUUUUGUUGCUUUCAGGCGUGGACAACGUCCUCGGGAACCGUGGCCUCUCGAUGGCAUGAGAUUUGAGACACUAAAGGAACAGCGUGCCAAAAGAAAUCCAGAAGAUCUAGAGAUUGAUUAUGAGGAUCUAGUAAAGAUGGAAAAUCAACUUCAAGUUGUUCCAUACCAAGAAGCGGAUCCAGUUUCAUAUGAUUCUGAUGUCAUGGAAACUGAAGUUCUUGACGUUGAUGAAGAAGAAGAGGGAGAGGAACAAGGAGAACCAGCGCUUGCUGAUCUCAGUGGUGGUUGGGGCAGAAUUGUAUUUCCACCAAGACGAAGGGGUAGGCACAUAACAAUGAAUAUUUGUCGAUCGACAAAACGAGAUGCCUCGGAGGGCUCAUUUGAGCAAGUUGUUGUAACACAAAGUCAGAAUCCUACUUUACACCAUCAAGCUCGAAGGUCAAUUUGGGGUGAUUUAUGGCCUUAUUGAAUUCUAUUUUCAUGUUUCAAGCAUGGCCAUCCAUACAUGAAUUAUUCAACCUCUUAAAAAUCUGUAUAGAAGCCUAGUGAGUUACAUUGAUUUUGAGAGUGAAAUCAUCGGCAUCAAUAGUAUUUUUCUUUGAGUUCAA